ACGAAUAGCAUUAACAUAACGCAUUGCUGCAAGACAGUCACAUGGAGUGAGAAUGAAAAGAUAGCACAUAGUGUUGAUGGGAAGCUAAGUCAUUAAGAAUGAACUGUGAGGAUUUAAGUGUUGUGCAGCAUUUGUCGGAAUAUGGCGUAACUUGAGCAUACUAAAUUGAGGAAUUAUCGUCACAUUUUUUGAGCAUUUCAACGAAGGUUAGGAUUUUCCCAUGCGUUAGAUACAAUGUUCUAGACUACCAUUUAUUUUUCUCUAAAUAUUGAGAAAUAUAUAAGCAGAAUAGUAUUACAAUACCAAUGGCCACUCCUAGCAAACAGAAGCAUGACACUGCCAAACCGACACCCGCCUCACUUGGAAUCAGCACCAUGAAGCCAAAGUUUCAGCAAUAUGCACUUCCUUCUAAAAGACAUGAGUCAUUUACUGAGGCCUCGGUGCCGUGGCCUGAAACUUCGCCCGUCAAAGUUGAGGACUUGGUGGCCGCCGGACUUGUAAAUACAGGUGUUGGAGACAGUGUGCGCUGCUACCAUUGCGGUGGUGGUCUGCGGAACUGGGAGACAGGAGACGACCCGAUGGAGCAGCACGCCAAAUGGUACCCGACCUGCCAACAUGUUCUCAUCACCAAGGGCAAAACUUACAUUCACUGUGUUGAGGCUGGCGAAAACCACGAACACAUGUCAGAGCAAAGAUCUAAUUCAUCGUCGGACAACUCGGCAUCGCAACAGCAACAAGAAUCCAUGCAAGCAGCUGCCGAGUUCGGAUAUUCCGAAGAAAACAUUGCAAUAGCAGCGAGUUUAUUUCGAGAACGAAAUGUGGUUUCUUCCAAGUUAAGAGGUUCUGAUUUGGUGUCAAUUUUGAUGGAGAUGGAAGACGAUCCUGAUCUUGGUUUGAAUGUCAAUGUUUCCGAAUCGUGCUCACCAACUUCACCUUCAAACAAUGCAGAUGUCGAAGGUGACGAUCUUCAAAAUCUCGUUCUUGAGAACGAUAGGCUUAAAGCGUUAUACGACUGUAAAAUCUGUCUGGACAAUCGUGCGGACGUUAUCUUUCUCCCAUGUGGUCACAUUGUCAGCUGUCCCCAGUGUGCUCCCGCCCUGGACCUCUGUCCAGUCUGCCGCAAGUCUAUCAUGGGCCUCGUCAAGGCACAAUUUGCAAACAAAAGAAAUUAUGUUGAUAAUGACUAUGGUGAAUGUGAUGCAUUAUAAGCACUGAAGAUAAAGUGUUCUUCUGGUGACAAACUAUUUUUGCUAAGUAUAAGUAACAUACAGCUAGUAACACUAUAAUAGCAAAUGUAUAUUUAUAAUACGUGCCAAAGGUUAACGAAAGGGUUUGAUGAUGUUAAAAUAUUGUGAAAUCAAAUUGUGAUAUGAACAACUGUGUUAUUCUAUUUCUUGUUUUAUAUACAUAAAAAGAAAAAUUGAUUGGAAAAAUAUAGAAAAAUA